AUGUCCCCCGCCAGCCAAGGUGCCCAGCCCAAGCAGCAGAGAGGAGGACAAGCUACCUUGGACACCCGGCUGUCCACGGACCAUGAAAGAGGCUGGCUGGGCUCCCGCUUCAGUGCCCGAGGGAUGGAGGGCAGCCUGGGGCCGGGGCCGGCAGGGGUGGGGCACAGCCAUGCCCUGGCGGAGCUCCAGGAGCUGGCCCUGGCGUGGUUCGUGGAGACGCAGGCCCCCUUCAUUCUGCAGAACGGCGCAUUGCCCCCCUGGUUUCACGGAUUCAUCACCCGCAAGCAGACAGAGCAGCCACUCGGGGACAAAGCUCUCGGUUCCUUCCUCAUCCGCCUCAGUGACCGGGCCGUUGGCUACAUCUUGUCCUACCGGGCCCGUGACUGCUGCCGGCAUUUUGUCAUCAACCAGCACCCAAACCGGCGCUACUUCGUCUCCGGGGACACGCGCACCCACGGCUCUCUGGCGGAGCUCGUGUGCCAUUACCAGGAGAGGCAGCUGGAGCCCUUCGGGGAGACGCUGGCUACUGCCUGCCCCCGGCCAGAGGACGAUGAUGUGUAUGAUGCUAUCACCCUGGGCCUCCACCAGACCAUCCUGGGCCUGGAAACUCCAGCUGCCACGGCGUCCCCUGCAGUGGCCUCAGACAAGGCCGCCAGCCCCCACCGCUCUCCAAAGCCCCAGGUCUCCUUCCUCCACGCACAGAAGGGCCUGCAUGUGGGUCCCCGGAACUCUGAGGACGGAGGUGUGGAGUGCCCCCCCCUCCCUGAGAGGAAGGCCUCCCUCUUGGACGAGUCUCUCCGAGGCCCCGGGGACAUCGUUUACGCAGACCUGAGGAAGAUGAAGCAGGCACGGCUAGGCCUGGGCACAGAGGUGGCCGCCAGGCCCGGGCCCGUGCCAGCUGGGCCAGGCAGCGAGGCCCAGAGGAGACUCUCAGACGGAGACCAGAACAGGCCUGAUGGCCCAGGGCCUGUCCUCUCUGGAGUCGGCCCAGACCGGGGCCCUCCUGGUUCUCUCACUUCCGGGGGGCUCCUUGAGCCCCGCAAUUCUGAUGCCCUGAGAUCCCCGACUGUUGCUGGGAGGCAGGGGUUUCCGAAGCCGAGCCAAGGGGCUCAGCCCUGCCCGUAUGAACUGGUCAGGACAGCAGGGCUCCUACCGGAGGCCGGGGAUGCACCAGACCAAGGAGGCAGCACCUAUGAGCAGAUCCCAGUCUGCUGGGGGGGCCCAAGCAGGCCCCCACAUCCUGGGGCCAGUCCCACGUGCAGCAAACUGUCAGGGCCCAAGGACUGUGGCUAGGAGAGGAUCUUGGGGACCGCAGGGCUCCCAGAGCCUGGGAACACUUACGAGCAGAUCCCAGCAGCCAAGAGCAAGCAGCCGGCACGGACACACAAGCAUGACAAGCUCCGGAGGCUCUUCUUCACAGACAAGAAGCACAAAUUCUGA